AUGCGGUCCAUCUGGCACGCAGUAGGCCAGUUCGGCCAGGGGAAGGGGAGCAGCAGCCCCUCGAGCUCGAGCCGGCGCAGCAGCGCGGCGACCCUGCUGCCCUUCGACGAGGACCCCCGGCGCCGCAGCAGCCCGACCCGCCGCCUCAGGGCGCCCCGGCUGCGCAGGGUCACGGCCUGGCUGCUGCUCAUCGACCUCGCCAUCAUCCUCUUCCUCGUCUGGCUCGUCCAGCCCCUCAUCGUCCUGCUGCGCCGCAACGAGGAGCUCUUCUCCCCGCACGUCACCCUCUCCAACGACACCCUCGCCGGCCUCGACGAGGCCGGCCAGCGCAGGAUCCCGCGCAUCCUGCACCAGACCACCGCCACCGACGACAUCCCCGAGAAGUGGGUCAAGUCGCAGCAGAGCUGCAAGGACACCUACCGCGACUUUGAGUACAAGCUCUGGACCGACCAGCGGGCCCGCGAUUUCCUAGAGCAGGAGUACCCCUGGUUCGUCGAGACCUGGGACAGCUACGACUUCCCCAUCCAGCGCGCCGACUCGAUCCGCUACUUUGUCCUGCACCACUACGGCGGCAUCUACCUCGACAUGGACACCAUCUGCCACGCCCCCUUCCCCCUGCACCAGAUCGACUCGGGCACCAUGGAGCACCGCGCCCUCUUCGAGUCCACCCUGCCCACGGGCAUCACCAACGACUUCAUGGUCUCGACCGCCCGCCACCCGGCCUUUGCGGGCGCCAUCGCCAAGCUGCCCCUCUUCUACAGCUUCACCCGCUUCUGGGCCCGCCUCGAGCCCUACUGCGCCAUCAUGCUCUCCUCGGGCCCGCUGUUCCUGAGCCUCGUCGUCAAGGACUACCUGCUCGAGCUGCCCUCCCUGCCCUCGGCCACGGUGCAGGUCAUCGCGUCGGCGCGCCUGCGGCCCUACAUCACCGACCUCGAGAGCAGCACCUGGCACCGCAAGGACACGCAGGCGCUCAUGUGGCUCGGCCAGCGGCCCUGGUCCUGGUUCCUCAUGGGCGCGCUCGGCGUCGUCGUCGGCGCCUACCUCGUCAACCUCGCCCUGCUCGCGUGCUUCCGCGCCGUGCGCAAGGUCCCCGCCGUCUCGGCCGGCAGCAAGCUGGCCAAGCUGAUAUAG